AAGAAAGAAAAGAAAAGAAAAGAAAAGAAAAAAUCUAUAGCAAAAGGCAAAACCCAAAAUGGGAGCUACAUAUUUCUCAAAUUUAUAAUCUCAUCACAAAUUCCCCUCCCCCCCCCCCCCUCUCUCUCUAAAAUGAACGGCGCCCACACAUCCAUUCCGAUCUCCGACGACGAUCCAAAGGCGCCGCUUCUUUCCGCCAACGACUCUCCCGUCCACCGCUCCGGCAGCUUCCGGUCGACGGCGAAAUCCAUCUUCAACCUUAAAAACUUGUACGUCCUUCUCGGGCCAAUUCUAUGCGCCGGCGUGUGCUACUUCGUGAAGCUGGAUGGGCCGUCCGGUGUGGGGAGCCGGAACAUGCUGGCGGUGUUGAUGUGGGUAUUCACUUGGUGGCUAACGGAAGCAGUGCCGAUGCCGAUAACGUCGAUGUCGCCACUGUUUCUAUUUCCGAUUUUCGGAAUAGCGGCGGCGGAUGAGGUGGCACGGUCUUAUAUGGAUGAUGUGAUUGCGUUGGUUCUCGGGAGUUUUAUUCUUGCUCUCGCUGUUGAGCAUUACAAUAUUCAUAAAAGAUUGGCUCUCAAUGUAACUCUUCUUUUCUGUGGGGACCCACUGAACCCACCACUGCUUCUUCUCGGAAUCUGCGCCACCACUUUCUUUGUCAGCAUGUGGAUGCACAACGUCGCCACCGCCGUCAUGAUGAUGCCCGUCGCCACCGGAAUUCUUCACCGUUUUCCGAUGGGUUCUUCCCGUUCCGCCGCGGAGACCAACUUCUGCAAGGCCGUCAUUUUGGGGGUUACUUACGCUACCCCAAUCGGAGGGAUGAGCACUCUCACCGGCACCGGCGUCAAUCUCAUACUCGUCGGAAUGUGGAAGAGCUAUUUUCCCGAAGCUGAUCCUAUUAGCUUUAAUACUUGGAGCUUUUUUGCUCUCCCAAUGGCUUUGUUAAUCUUCUUUAUUUUUUGGGUCGUCUUGUGUUUGAUGUAUUGCCCCAGAGGGUCUGGACCUGCGCUUUCCACUCAUCUCGAUAAGACUCAGCUUAAGAGAGAACUUGACGCAUUGGGGCCAGUGGCUUUUGCUGAAAAGAUGGUGUUGGCUAUUUUUUCGAUGUUGAUUUUCUUGUGGAUGACGAAGAACAUCACUGAUGAUAUCCCUGGUUGGGGAGCUCUAUUCGAUGACCGUGCUGGUGAUGGAACUGUCAGUGUGAUGAUGGCAACGUUACUAUUCAUAAUCCCGAACAGGAAGCAAGAGGGAGAGAAAUUAAUGGACUGGAACAAAUGCAAGAAGCUGCCAUGGGGGAUCAUAUUGCUACUAGGAGCAGGAUUUGCCAUAGCAGAUGGGGUGAACAAGAGUGGGCUUGCGGACAUAUUAGCCAACGCAUUGAACUUUCUAGAGAAAGCUCCAUACUUAGCAGUGGCCCCUGCAGUAUGCCUUGUAAGCAGCCUCAUCACAGAGCUUGUGACAUCAAACAAUGCCACCACGACGCUGGUGAUCCCAAUCCUCAUCCAAAUAGCCAGCAUAAUGCACCUCCACCCACUCUUCCUUAUGAUCCCGGGUGCCGUUGGCGCACAGUUCGCAUUCUUGUUGCCCACUUCAACCCCUUCGAAUGUGGUUGGGUUCAGCACUGGCUAUAUUGACAUUCCGGACAUGAUCAAGAUUGGCUUGCCUUUGAAAAUCGUUGGCAUUGCUGCUGUCUCCCUUCUGAUGCCCUCUCUCGGAAGCUUAGUUUUUGAGACAAAUAAGCCAAUGCAGUGACUGCCAAAUCUGAAGGAGCAUCAGUUUCUUCUUCCAAAAUAUGUGUAGAGAGAUGGCCUCUAAGGAAAGGAAAUGUGGUAGGCAUUGGUAUAUAUAUGUGUUUACCAUUUGUAAAGCACAAUGUAAAAAAAACAUAAUUUGAGAGUAUAAGUGAGUGUUUAAUGUUGCAAAUGUUUAUUUCUUUAA